AUGGCCGCGUUUACCUUCCGGGCUUUUUUCACUUUUCUCUUUUUGGUCAAUGCAUGUUCGGCAAUUAUCAUAUAUGGAGAUAUCGAGUGGCAUGAUGUAGGAUCGGAUGUUGAACCUGGAUCUUCCGCUUCUAGCACGACCUCGCAGCAUUUUCAUGCUGACUCCACCAUGUACCGCCCUAUAGUAGUCAAUGAGGGUAUCGGAUCUCCGGUGGAGACUACAGUACAACGGCUAAAUCACUGUACUGCAAAUGCCAAUAGACACAAGGAGAAUUCCACUAUUGGCCCCACACUUGUUCCUAUCAGAACUUCGGCUUCUGCUUCGCUACGAAACCUGUCUAGGAUAAUCACUCACUGGAAUAAACCAACGCAAGCCAUCACAACCACUCUAUCCACCCAGAGCAGCGCUCGGAGCAUUUCAGGCCAGCCAAGCAUUACCACCUUCGGAGCGACGGAAAGUAGCGACGUGUGGUUUCAGACAAACUUCGCAACCGCAGGUCACGUAAAGAUGACCCCAUCACCAUCGUCCAGCGUUCAGGCCAGUCAGGGAGCUUUCACUUCGGCCGGAACUCCCUUGGUCGCUGAAUGGAAAGCCAUUACGUGCUAUCUUAUUGGUCUCGCUUCACUGCAUGAAUUGUUUAUCUAAAUGCGUUCAAUUUUGACCCACGUCCCAGACGUAUAUUACAGUGGAAUUAUCAAGACAUACAAUGUUCAAGCUUUUUCCAUCGCCCCAUCACUUAGUGUAUACUCUAUCAGAAGAACGAAAGAUAGUUGUCGAGUGAUGUGUUUUCAAAUUCCACUUCCAAAGCCAGUCACCUGAAAUAUAUCCUACUGAUUUCCGU